UGUGUGUGGAGGGGAGGGGAGGCAGCAAGAGAGAAAGAGAGAGAGGGAGAGAGAGAGGAAAAGCGUCCUUAAACGUGGGCUGUUGUGUAAUCCCUCCCAGGGCCCCUUUGCUAUUUUUGUGCCUGGGUCCGCACGUCACGGUUGGGUAUUUUCUCUGGUGACUAGCUCGCAUCAAUAGAUCUUCUAAUGUACACCCAGUCAGCCAGCAGCUUCAUGACUGAUGGGACUUUACCCUGCUAAUUUAUUUCAUUAUUGUUACCCCCCCCCCCACCUUACCCCCCCUCCACCACCCCACGACAUGAGGAGAAUGGAGCGGACUAUGCAGCAUGAGGAAUGUCACAUGUGACUGUUGCUGUGGGACAGGGGGACUAUUCAAAUGUCAGGUGACCCUUCCCCGCAGUCAGUUCACACAUAUGUUAAUAUCACUACGGUCACAUAGCACGUAGUGUCCUUGGAAAUCGAUCCCAAAGAAAGUGACAUUGGAUUCAUGGAGUCACUUGAAACUACUGCGGGGGCGGAGAGCUCCACUGAGGGUCAGGACAGACAUGUUGUUGCACAGGCAAAAUGCUCCUCGGAGGCGGCGCAGACGAGGAGGAGUCCAUCGGUCGAAUUGGAAGGCGAGGGGCGGCACCAGCAACUGCGAGAAGGUCAGAGCCGAGACACGUGCGGUUUCAUAGAAACGUCUGAAGACCAGCACUCCCAAACUCAGUCCGCGAGCCAUCAAGACCACGAGGAGUCUCCGUAUCCAGCAGAGCCCACGAAAGGGUUUCCCAUCGGCAGACAGAGAUCCACAGAGUCCACCAGCCCACCUGAAGUCCAACACCAGUGUUCCCAUUCAGGGAUGGAUCAGCUGUCAGACGCCGCGUGCAAAGUGGAGCAAAAGGCGCAAAAGCCCGGGAAGUACGUUUGCGAUUACUGCGGAAGGGCGUGCGCCAAACCCAGCGUGCUCAAGAAACACAUCCGCUCGCACACCGGAGAGCGGCCCUAUCCGUGUGUCCCGUGCGGCUUCUCCUUCAAAACCAAGAGCAAUUUAUACAAACACAGGAAGUCCCACGCUCACUCCGUCAAAGCGGGAACGGCGACGCUCUCGGAGCUCGGUUCUUACAACGCCAACGCGGACCAGGGGUCUUUUGAAGGGGAAGGAGAGUUGUUCUCCGACGCGGAGCAAAGCACGGACACGGACGAGGACGCGCUCAGCGACCCGCUGCUGCUGCUGGACUCUCCGGUGGAGGGAUCGGAUAACACCGCUGUGAAAGUACUGAAUCUCAUCGCUCAGAAAAAGGGAGCCGCGUCGAUCUCGGCUCAGGACGGUUCACCCCAGCCCCAAGAAAUCAACGCCUCCGAGGCCGGCCGCGCAAUUCAAUCGUGCACGAUCAAACAGAGGCUUGCCCUUCGGCUGUCCGAAAAAAGAAGCAGCGACUCGGAGCACAAUCUGUCCCUCCCGAGUCAGUCCAGCAAGGGCAGCACGGACUCCGGCUACUUCUCGCGCUCCGAGAGCACCGAGCACCAGACGGGCCCUCCGAACACCAACGCAAAGUCCUACCAAGAAAUUAUGUUCGGCAAGUGUUACAGGCCGAGCCCCAAACAGGCGGCGGCUUUUGUGGCUUGCAGCACGGACUCGGACGAGUACACGGGGAGACGCUCGGAGAGAGGAGUGUCCCGCGUGUUCACCCAGGAAAAAGACGCCGGUGAACCCAUCAAAAUAAACACAAAGUCGUUCACGAGGGAGGAGGUAAAAGAACUGCAGUUAGACGCCGGCUCCGACGGGGGGACUCUGAUGAGGAGCAACUCGAUGCCAACGUCCCCGGCGGUGUGUCUGACUAUGCCUCAGGCCCUCAGAGGCAGCCACUCGUUUGACGAGAGAACGAGCACCGGGGGCACAAGGAGGCUCAGGCGGCAAGCUGCUUUCGAACACUCGGCGCACGACGGCCACGGCGACGCAGACGGCCACGGAAAGAUGAGCGAGAGCGGCACCUCGUCCGCGGGAUCGGAGAUGGAAAACCACCCCUCCGCGGCCUCCAGUAUGAGCCAUCAGAGGCACGCGAUGGAACUGGCAACGCGGAAGCGUCGGAAAGAGAAGAGGGAGGAGGAAGAUUUGCCCGGUCGAUACGAGGGCCAUCCCGAACAGUGCGAAGACAUGUUUGACUCGAGUAAUGACUACGAUUCAAAAGAAGCUGCCGUGGGCCUCAUGGCAUUAGGAAAAGGGCAUUCUUUAUGUAUGCUCACACAGAUGGACAGGUGUGACAUGGACAUAUCGGUGAGCCCCGAAAUGUCCGGGAGGAAAACUUUAGGGAACGUCAUUUCUGUUAUCCAGCACACAAACUCAAUAAACAGGCCUCACUCCGAACAGUCCGAAUCCUACAAGUACCAUGGGCAGAGACAGGAUAGUAUGCCUCUGUUUCAAGCUAUGGAGGCGAGUGAAUCCUACGAGUUGGAAAGGAGUGACAGCAUGCUGAGGCAAUCGUUUCAACUGGGCCCCAAACUUGUGCGUCAGCCCAACAUACAAGUCCCGGAAAUCAGGGUCACGGUAGAGCCCGACAGUCCAGAAAAGGCCCCGGAGGUGCAGGUGAAGGAGGCCGAGAAGCACGUGGAGGAGUUUCAGUGGCCUCAGAGGAGCGAAACGUUAGCACAAUUUCCUCCAGAAAAGCUCCCCCCAAAGAAGAAAAGGCUCCGCCUAGCCGACAUCGAGCACUCCUCUGGGGAAUCCAGUUUCGAGUCUGCCUGCACUAGUCUCUCCCGCAGCCCGAGCCAAGACAGCAACUUAUCUUACAGCUCCACCUUCUCCUUUGACAGGGAUGAGAGUUUGAAGUCGGUCUCUCCGGCCAGGCAGGAUGAAUUCGGCAAACCGCUGGAGCUCCUAGCGGUGCCGGGGAGCGGGCGCUCCCUCUCUGUGCUCAACCAGCGGCAACAACACGAAAUGAGACGCUCUGCCUCGGAGCAGGCGCCGUGCAACUUGCGCAAGGAGUUCCCAGAGGUGCGCAGCAUAUCGUUUGACUAUGGCAGCCUUUCCCCCACAUCCAAAGGUCGACCGGUGGACGUCAGCCUCUCAGCUGUGAGGGAGAGUAGGAGGGGGAACUUGGUGCGGCAGGAGUCAUUGAAUAUGGACACUGAGGUGACACAAGUCCCAUCGCAGGCGUUCCCGCAGCACCACAGCAGCAGCUCCCCUCCGUUCGCGGCAGUUGCCGCUCUGCCGCAGACUUUGCCGAUAUUCUCCGCGGGGAAUACGUUCCCCCAGCUGUCGCAACCGAGCCUUCUAGUCCCCGUGAGGAUACAGACCCACGUGCCAUCCCACGGCAGUAUCACAUACACUUCAGUAUCGCAGAUCUUUGACAAUCAGUACGACGGCGUGAGCUCCACCACGUCCUCCUCUCAGAGUCAGAUUUCCCGUUUGUCGGGGAAUCUGGAUCCUCAUAACGUAUCGGCGUACAGCAGACCACCUUCGACGCCGCACAGCCUCAAUGUCGAAGCCCUUGAUUUGUCAUCGGCGAAGCUCCAGACGGGCAUCCCCCUCUCUCUGACCUCCAGAACCAUCUCGACCACCAACGCCUCCAGCGGCGGCACCAACAAGCGGAUGCUGUCCCCCGCCAGCAGCAUGGACCUUUUCAUGGAGGUCAAGCAGCAAAAACGGGUGAAAGAGGAAAGAAUGUUCGGGCAGAUCGUGGAGGAGCUGAGCGCCGUGGAGUUGGGGAAGUGUAAUUUGAGCGAGGAGAAGGGCCUCAGGUCAGAGAUGCUGGGUGCAUCCGCGCCUCACGCUCCGGAUGACUCGCGUAUGAGUACGUUUAUCACACGGGAAGAGACGGAGGCCGGCGACCACGGCGUUGAGUCAGCCAUGGAAAGCAGCUCAGCUCCCUAUUCUACGAUAUCAGUCGGCGAAGGGAAAGAAGUUGGCACGGAGAAACGGGUGCAGAUGGACACGGUGGGGCAGCUGGUCGCCAGUCGAGACCUCCUGAUCUCGGACGCGGAGAAUUCCAGACUGUUUCCAAGUCUCCGCACGACGACGGGAGUGAGCUGGUGUUAUCUCAACCGCACCAAGCCGAGCUGCUCCCACAGCAACGCCCCUUUCUCCUCCGUGUACACAACCUGGUGUGUGAGCUCCCACAACCCGAACCCUCUGGAGCUGAGCACCAGCACCGCCCUGGCUCUGCUGCGGUCCAAACAGAGGGGGGACAAGGUCAUAUACACCGUGGCGGCCAUGUGUCAACCCGGCACGGGGAAACUAGUGUCGUCCCUCAUCCUGUGGAGGCAGACCAUGGAGCAGCUGCAGAGGAAACCGGAGCCCAAAGAGGUGGACGUCACCUACGGGAAGAAGGUGAAAGACAUCAGCUGCAGAGUGAAAAGCGCCAAGGAGGAGUGGAAAGAGAGGGAGGCCUCCACAACCCAAACAGUGCCAACGCGCAUUAAGAUCUUCGAUGGAGGGUACAAGUCCAAUGAAGACUACGUGUAUGUCAGAGGUCGAGGCCGGGGGAAAUACAUUUGCGAGGAGUGUGGCAUUCGCUGUAAGAAGCCGAGCAUGCUGAAGAAACACAUCAGGACCCACACGGACGUGAGGCCGUACAUCUGCAGGGUCUGCAACUUUGCUUUUAAAACUAAAGGAAACCUGACUAAACAUAUGAAGUCAAAGGCACACAUGAAGAAAUGUCUUGAACUGGGGGUGUCAGUGACGAUGGAUGACACGGAGAUACAGGAACAUGUGGACGACAGCCAACAAGACUCCAAGACGGAGGCGGUACACACGGCCAAACACCAGUUCUCCGACGCUGAGGACUCCGACGGAAUGGACGAAGACGUCGACGAAAUCGAUGAAGACGACGACGAGGACGACGAAUACGAGGGCGACUCCAGCCCGAAGCUGCGCUCCAGAAGCACGAGCCCCCAGGCGUGCGGAGUGACCUCUCUGGCGGUCACGGCCACCGCCGCCCUCCACGUCUACUCCCUCACCUCUCUGCCCGGCGCCGACGUCCGCCAGCAGUCCUCCGGCAGGCGGACCGGCUCGGAUCACCGACCCGUCUUCGACCAGAGGGAGAAGUCCUUGGACGAAGACUCUCUGACGAUGCUGUCCCCGGACCAGGCCGGCUUCCUCUUCGACCCUUACUCGUCCUGCCUGCUCUCUCCCGGUUGGGAGUCUCCCAUCAGGGAGCCCUCCCCGUCACGCCUGCGUUACCCGUCCCCGAGGCGAGAGCUCUCUCCGCGAGGUCGCUCCUCUCCCAGGUGGGACGCCUCUCCGCGGAGGGCUGCCUCGCCGGGCUUCACGCCCAUCCAGCACCUCUCGCCGGUCUCGAUUGAGCGACCCGUGUCAACUGGAACGGAGCUGGCCGGAAAGCGGGAGUCCUCAAUCCGAGGCCGGCAAAGAGUCGUGCUGAGGGCGGUUUCUCCGCGGAGAGGCUCGCACCAACACAAAGGCGGUGGCGAGAAAACCCGACACCAGGCGCAGAUGGAGAUGGCUCAACACGGAGCCUUUGAGAUGGAGAUGGAUCAAAGGAGCGGCUUGGCUCCCGGUCCGCCCGGCGCUGCCAGUUCUCAACCCCAGAACAUCCUCAGCCACCUCCCUCUUCACUCCCAGCAGCAGGCCCGCAGUCUGCUCCCCGUCGUCCCGGUCGGAGGGCUCCAGAUGUCGCACUCCCCGCCUCCCUCCGGCGACGACGUCGCCUCCUCCUCCUCGGCGCCGAGCCCCCAGAGCAGCGAGGGCCAGCGCUGCAGCAGCAGCAGGGAGGGAUCGGUCCACGGGCCCGAGUCCGGAGGAGAGGACGCCUGUCGGGAGAAAAGCCUCGACCCCGUGGACGGCGGGCAGGAGGAGAUCGUCCAGACCUGCUUGAAAGCCAUCGCCUCGUUGAAGAUCACCACAGAGGACCCUCACUGAAAGCCCCCCCCCCUCCUUUUUUCUUUCUUUCUGUCUCCUUGAUUUGACCCGGGAGCCGACAGCCCCUCCUCCUCUCCACGCGACACCUGCAACCUUGUCGUCCUCAGCCCUUUAGGCACAUAACCUCAUCUUUAUCCAAUUAGAGGCAAUAUGAUAACAUUUCUUCGGGUCUCGCAGCUCCUUUUUAGAUCCGAGUGGGGAUCAAACCUUCGCAGGGAAGAAGAAGAAGAAGAAGAAGAAGAAGAAGAAGAAGAAGAAGAAGAAGAAGAAGAAGAAGAAGAAGAAGAAGCCCACCACGUCGGAUGUGCUCUUGUCUUCGGGCUCUUGGAGAUGAUUGGACGAGCAGCAGGAUGUCUCGCGGAGGCGGAGGAAUCAUUAUUGGGUGCAGGUGCAAUAUGGAAAGAUAUUAUGCUAAUAUGCCUUUUGUUUGACAUAGUAGUUUGCGUACUAUUGCACAUAAAUUAUAUUUAUGGAUUCUGUACAAAUGUCCUUAACGUAUAUACUCCUUCUUAGAUGCAUACAAACAGUGUAUUUUACUGUAUGUGUACUUUGAAAAUAGACUGUUGUUUAAUGUAAUCAUAUCGAGGUGUGACGCAGUAGUGCAGUAAAUAAAGACUAUUUAUAAAAAGGGGGAAAAGUACAUGUGUUAUGAAAACAGUCUGACCAAAAUUUUUAAGUAGACGCUUCUUGUGCAGUUUGGUGCUUCUAAUCAAGCAGCGAGCGUCUGUGCCUUUUUUUAAACAAAAUUUAAAAAAUAGUUUUGCUUUUCAUCUUUUUAUUUCUUUUUUUUUUGCCACGAGAAGGUCGUAAGGAACUAAUGCCGAGGUCGGCUUUAUUCAGAAGCGUCGGCUUCUUUCUCGUUCCGACGGACGCGGCUUGAUUUUACGUGAAAAAAAACAAUCUUAAGAAAUGUUUUUUCUUAUGUUGCAUUUUUCUAAAUGUUGUGGUUUUUAAUCUUGGUAAAAAAAAAAAAAAAAAUGCAUGGGAUUUUGCUAUUGCACAAAAAUAGAGGAAGUUGAACAUGUAAUUAUGAAUACUGUAAGACGUAUUUAUAUAUUAGAGCGUGAGCACUUAUUGAUACUGGUAAAUAUUUGACUACUAUUUAUAUGGUAUAUCUGUACUUAUGCAGCAGUGAUGCAGUUAUGCAGUAAAGCCGCGCUGGCAUUGCUUUUGAUCUCAUAGUAUUUGCUUUUUGAUUAAACAGCGUUUAUUCUCUCUCUCUCUCUCUCUUAUACAGAUGACCAGAAGCAUUUUAUGAGUUUUUGACGAUGCACUUUCAUCCUUUUCAUCUUGUUGAUGUUUAACUGACGUGGUCGGUGAAAAAUAAGGGAGUAAAACUUGUUAUGUUCUCUUGUGUUAGUUUUUUUUAAACAUUCCAGUCGUUUUAUUUUUUUCUUUCUUUCUUUUUCAUUUAUUGAAACACGUUGCACACUAAUUCAAGGGGCUAUGAUGAUCAGUCAAUAGUAUGUUUUCUUGCAUUUCAAGUGUAACCCGGAUGAAUCGAUAUCACUUUACUGUAAGUAAAUACUAAAGUAAUGACGUUAACGGCGUGAGUGGGUUGACUAUUACUGUGCGUCAGCUCAAAGUAAUCAUGACUUCUUCUCUGUACAUAUUUGUGUGUUUUUAUGAUUUUGAAACUAUUUUUGCAGUGUUGAAUAUCUUUUUAAGAGGUACAACGAGUCUGCGGUUGACGUGACGGAGGUUUUAACGAGUGUCGAUGAAUAGCACAGUGUCGAUCGCUCACUGGAUUAAAAAAUAUAUAAUACAUAAAGUGUAUUCGCAUCUUCAAAGUUGGUUGCGUUACCAGUUACCAGAAUGGACUUUUCAAAAAUCGGAAGAAAAAAAAAAAAAACACUUUUGUUGUUCGCUCAUGUUUACAUAAAAAUAAUUGGAAAAAGGUGCACUGCUUUAAUCCUGUGUUUCCCUUCUCUCUUCUUCUUUUUUUUCCGGAAAAGAUGUGCGUAUGGCUUUUUGAUUUCAUGUACUUUUUAUUUGUCGUGACGGUGCAGAAUGCUGAUAAGGUGUGAAGGAACAAGUAAAAGCCUUCCGUUUGCUUUUGGCAUACAGUGUGUAUUCAGAUUGUGUUUGUGUUUUGUUUUUAUUGUGUAUACUUAUAUUGACUGAACUGCUUUGUGCCUCUCAUGUCUAUAUGAAAUAAUUCCCUGUUCGACACACAGAGGACGAAUCAUUUGACCUCUCAGCUGAGAUCUUUAGAGGAAGGAAACCUCAGUAGCCAACCUGUUGUUUAGCUAUAUCUGGUUAGUCGGGACGGAGUGCCUCUUUUAUGCUACGAGGGACUUUAUUGUUUGGUGCUCUACUUUUUCAGAUUAAAUUCAAAAAAUUGUUUUAAAAGAAUAUAAUUCU